AUGUCAUUUGCAGACUCUUUCUGGUCCCAGGAGUACGAUAAGGGAUUCAAGGCGCUUUUCGAACAGCUUUACGAGGGAGUCUACGAAGACGAUGAUUUUGUCAACUUGUUCACAGCUAGAAUGGAACUGGAGUUACUUUAUGGAACACAAUUGGAAUCCAUUGAAUCCAAUCGAAAGUCCGCCACUAAACGUCAAUCCAAUGAUGACUAUGUAUCACUGAUCAAAAAUUCAUAUCAAAAGAUGAAUGAAAAUUUUCUGAAACAAGGUGAACUUCACGUCCAAAUAGCUGCAAGUAUAAAGCAGUUGGUUUUGGAUCCAUUUGCCAAUUGGUGCAAAGAUCACAAGCAACGGGUGGAGUACAGUGAAGACUUCUUAUUAGAGAAACAUAAGAGAUUCCGCAAUGCAAAGAACCAGUUGGAAAAGUUGCAGAAGAAGUAUUUUAACAAGUGUAGAAUGUUGGAGGAAUUCAAGAGUCAUUACACCGAAGAGGAAUUGGAGGAAGAAUUAGUCGAAGAGGCUGCUGCGGCAAAGGCAGCUCUCGCCACUGCUAAAUCAGCCACCCCAGAACCUACUUCUAGCACGGAUCCUGAUACUAGUGGUAAGAUUGAAGUUGAUGAAUCCGACACUUACGCAAUUGGCCAUCUAAAGUUCGACUCUAUCUCCAUUAAGGCUUUCCUUUCUUCCCUCUUAACCACCGUGCCUAUAAGCUCACAUAAGGUUGCCAUAUUGGGGACCUAUCAUAAUGUUUCCACUGGGAGCGGCAUCACCCAAUGGCUCUUAGACAAUUACAAAUCUGAAUUUAAUAUCGAAAAGGCAGAGGAUUUCGGCCAAGAUCUCAUAAACCAAGGGUUCAUCAGAUUAAUUGGUUCAAUGAAUAAAAAUUUCAUCAAUUCGUCUCAAUUUUAUUACCAAUGGAAACCCUUGGCCUUUGAUUUGGCUGGUGUAGCAAGCGGUCAAGGUACUGCCGAUAGUCUCAAACAGGAAGGAAGUGCUGGAUCUUCAGAAGGCGCCAAUGGACUCUCAAACUAUCUUGAAGAUAUGAAAUUAGCUAUUGGUGUUAAUACCGUGGAUUUCAAUGACCGUUCGCAGCUUUCUAAGUUGAUUAAAGAAGUAAACUUGCUCGAUUCCCAGUAUUUUCAAUCCACGCUUGAUCUUGACCAGCUCCGUUGUAAAUAUGAAGAGGAUAUCAUGGACCAUUUAGCGUUCAUGCAGAAGUGUGAACUUGACAGAAUGAAAGCAGUUAAGAAAGCCACUUUUGACUUUUUAGGAUGCUUUUCCAAUAAAGUUGUCAGCAUGAAACUGACAUGUGAUGAAUUAAUGAUCAUAGAAGAAACUAUUCAACCAAUGAACGAUUUAAAGUUUUUAAUUGAAAACUAUCAGACUGGUAAAUUCAAGCCUCAAGUAGUAUUAUAUGAUAAUUAUUACAACUCAAAUAUUAGACAAACUUUUGGAGUGGACUUGGCAACUAAGUCAAGAUUGGAUCGGAAGGUUGUGCCAAUAAUUUUACAGUGUUUGCUUUCAUAUUUAGAUAAGACCUAUCCUGAGUUGAGCAACGAUGAGGAAAGAGUAAAUUUAUGGACUAAGGCAGUUCAUUUAAAUCAGGUACAUCAAUUGAGAUUUAAGUUGAAUGAAUUGACAGACCCGCAACAAAUCAAUGCUAUUUUGAAUGGAAAUCCAGAGAAUGGAACUAAACCCGUUCAUCCGUUAGUAGUAACGAAUUUAUUUAAAUUGUACUUUAUGGAAUUACCUGAUUCAGUGGUGCCUCAUAAUGUUUACGAUUUAAUCAAAUCAUUAUAUUUGAAUUAUCCUUUUGGUAGCAGUGACAAUUCUAUUAACGAUUCAAGAAUCAACGGUCUUCAAAAUCUAUUGGUAGACUUACCAAAAUGUAAUAUUGCUACAUUGGAUGCAAUCUUGACUCAUUUGUCUAGAUUGAUACAGAUUAUUGGUACCAAAAAUCAAGGGCUUUCCAGAGAUUUGAAGAAUAAGCUUUCUAAAGAAUUUGGCUCAUUGAUCUUGAGACCAAAAUUAAAUGCAGACUUUCUGUCGUCAGACAGUUAUAUCCAUGACAAACAUCAAGUACAUUUCAUGAAUGAUCUUUUUGGAAAUAAGGAGGCGAUCUUUAAGGAAUUGAGAAGAAGAGCAUCUUCACGAGUCACUAGCAGUAGUAGUACGAACGGAGCAGCAUCAGUGUCAGCUGCAGCCGCGGCAUCACUUUCCGCAGCGGCAUCUGCAGCUAGUGGUCCUGCUGUUCCUCCUAAGAGAGCAGCAACUCUUUCCAAGAGCAGACUUGAAUCGAGACUACAGAACGUUGUGCACAAAAAAUUGGAUCCCAAGGAAUCGUCUGAAUCAAAAGGAACGAAAGACACUGAAUCUAAAGAGAAGAACGGAGACACCACUUCAUCAGCAUCAAAUUCAAAUUCUCUUAAAAGAUCUACCUCUCCACUCAAAAAGAAGAGCUCUAAUCUGCUCCUGAGACUGGGCCUGCCUUCUGUUGUUUCCUCAAAGCCAUCAAAGAAGGAUAUUGUGUUUGAGCAGGGCAAUAACUCAUCAAGUGACUCAUUGAAGGAAUUCGGACAACCAAAGUUUACCGGUUCCUUGGGUAGAAAAACAUCUGUGAAAGAUCUUGCAUCACAAUUUGAUUCUGAUUCAUGA